AUGGCACGAUUCUACGGCGUGGUCGAUGGUGGCUCACCAAUCGAGGGUUCAGGGCUAAUGAUAAUGAUGGGAAUGGUUGUUAUGUCCGUUUUAAUGGUUUCUAUGGUUAUUUUUGCUUGUGGAGACUCCUCUAACAGAAAAAGGAGGCGUUGGGGUGGAGGAGGGUUUUAUGGAGGCGGAGGAGGUGGUUGUGGUGGUGGAGGGGGCUGUGGUGGAGGAGGUGGCGGUGGCUGUGGUGGUGGAGCAAAUUCAACAACUACAACAGUUGUUUCAGCAACUAUGACAGUUGCUUCAACAACUACCAUAGUUGCUACAACAGUUAUGAUAAUUACUGCAAAAACUACUAUUAGUUAUUGUGUUACAACAAUUAUCGAAGUUGCUGCAGCAACUUCGACUGUUGCUGUAGCAAAUUCAAUACUUACUUAA